AUGCCUCGUCAGCAUAGACCAGCUUUCGAGGUAGCUGUGAGUGCCAGCUCUCUUUUCAAAAUCCCGUCGGAGGUCCGCAUCAUGAUCUACAAACUGCUGCUCAUUCAGAAGGAGGGCGUGUUCAUUCCCAGCGACAGAUUCGCGCGCAGAAACUAUGGAAGAACAAGUUUCAUACCGGCUGUGUGCAGCAUGUCGCAAAGCAUCACCGGCGCGCAAACCCAGUCUAUCAAGAACCGGUACGGCCUCUUCUCCCGGAGCUGUCAACAUGACUUCUUCAGACUUGUCGUCUUAUCCGACUUGAAGCCAGCCCUAUUCUCUAUUCUAGAAACAGUUUCCAUUUCUCUGAUCCCGCUACUGCGAGCAGCUUCCGCUGGGGCACUGAUUGCGCACAAGCUGGGCAAUCCAGGAGAUCGGGAUCAAAUUUGCCCGCCAACAUCACAAACAGGUCGCUUCAUGGGUGACAUACCUCACGAAACAGAGACUCAGUCUCGGUCAAGACUUCCCUUAUCUCAGGCGUAUGACAAUCGAUCUCCAUUUGCGCCUUGGGGCAGAGGAGGCGAAUCUUCUACGCUCGAUUGGACAGAGGAUGACUCUAAGAAUGGCAAAAAGGAGGUGCGAAGGCAUGCCUGGGCAAAUGAGACAGGAGGUCUUUGGAAAAAUGGCUUACUUAGGUGGGGAUUUCCGGGUGAAGCAGUGCCUCACAAGUACAGAGUGAUUGGGGAUCAACCGCAGCAACAAGUAUCAAGCAAACGGAGCGACGAGGAGGGCUCUACGCAGCUGACAACCCCUGCCUCGUGA